CCGUGAGCACAGUAUCAUCGUCGUGCCGCUCAUUGCAAAAGCACGCGAUCGGCUGCGCUGCUGCAGUGCACACGCGCUGCCUGGAACCCGCCCCAGGGGUUUUCGUUGCGGAACAGAGCUGUGUGUUGUGUCGGCAAGAGGCUCUUUCAACGGUAUCCUCAGUGGGAACCGUGGCUAAGGCCUGACCAUGCCGGAAGCAGAGGUUGAAGAGAGUGAGGGGGACGACGAUGCAAAGAAAAAGAAGAAAGGCAAAAAGAAAGGCAGCAAAGGAAAAGGAAAGAAAGGUGGCAAGUCGAAGAAAGGAAGCAAGGGAAAGAAGGGCAGCAAGGGCAAAGGCAAGAAGGGAGGCAAGGGAAAGAAAGGUAGUAAAGGCAAAGGAAAGAAAGGGAAGAAAGACAAAAAAGGAAAGAAAGGAAGCAAGGGCAAAGGCAAAAAAGGCAGCAAGAAAGGGAAAAAAGGAGGAAAAGGCAAGAAAAGCGGCAAAAAGGGCAGCAAGAAAGGAAAAAAGGGAAAGAAGAAAGCUGAAGCUGAAGAAACUCCACCUCCAGCAGAAGAGAGUAAACCAGAACCAAAAGAUGGAGCCACGCAGCCACCUCCAGCAGCAUCACCAGCUCCUGCACCUCCUGCAGCUGCGUCACCUGCUCCUCCGGCAACAGCAGGGGCACCUCAACAAAAAUCCACAGCAGCAGCACCAGGUCCUCCGGCAGGUGCUCGGCCUAGGACUGCUGCUCCGCAAGCCAUGCAACCUAUGGCUCGAGGCAUACAAGGAUAUCCAAUGGGAUACCCAGCGUUGUCUAUGUAUCCACAAAGCAUGGGACAAGCCAUGGGGCAAACCGUAGGCUUCCAACCACAAAUGGUGGCGCCAUAUGGAACAAGCUCGAACAUCACUGACUACACCAGGGCAUAUGGAACAGAAGACACGUCAUCAGCCACAACUCUCGGGGCCAGGAGACCAGGCGUGGUAGUUGACGUCAAGUAUCGGCGCAGGCCCAGAUUUGAGACCCCUUCCUAUACAUCGCUUGAAACCAGUGCUGCACCGGAACAGUACUACAGACAAGGAACGUAUCCGUCGGGGGCGGGCUACUACAGCGACACUGAAAGUGCGACGACCUACUACGAUGUGACUUCGGCCGACGAAAGUAUUUCAGCCACAGUGAUUACUGAAAUCGGAGGAAGGCCGCCAGUUGUGUCAAGUGACUUCUUAUAUAGAGCGCCUGGCAUGAGCCAGAUGCAGCAGUUUGUUCAAAGCCUAGCGAACACACAGUAUCCCGACCUUCCUCCGGAGAUACAGAUCAACACGCAACCACCAGCAGAGCAGGUAUACCAGGAGCCUUCGAAACCAAUCAUUAUUCACCACCAGCAGCUUCCACAAACGCCACAGGAGCAACCUCGUCUCAUGCGAUCAGCAUCUCAAGACGUAGGCGCGUCAAAGUUAUCUCCGCGAAAGCGACUCAGAAAGCAUAAACGACACCGGCGAAGAUCAAGGCUAACGGCUGACGCAGAGUCCCCAAAACCCAUCAUAAUACAUACCCAAACACAGCCACCCUUUUCGCCACCGCGAGAUAUGUCACAAUUUAUGGUCAGCCCAAUGCAGCAAAUGCUGGCACAAGGAACCGAGACGCAGGCCAUGAUACAACAACGUUUGGCGGCUCAGCAAGGAGAACUGCAGAUGCUCAAAGCGAACCAACAAGCGCUUGAGAGAGAACUCCAGCGGCAGCAAUUUCUGGACCAAUCACAAUUUCGGCAGCAACAGACGCCGUAUCCUCAGCAGCCAAUGGCAACCCAGAUGCCGUAUGGAGCUCCAUUGUCGCCGUCUGAUGAACGGUACAAGCUGCAAGUACAAACCCGUAUGGCAGACAAGGACGAGCAACAACUACAGGCAACGCAGCAGCUUCAGGAACAACUCCCUCGGCCGCAGCAAUACACAUUUCAACCUCCACAACAAAGUCCGCCACAAUUAUUCCCGCAAGAGCAACCACAGCAAGUUCAACAGAGUCCCUCGCAACCCCGCCUUGUAGAACGAGAGAUAUUUGUUGUGGAACCGCCGCGAGAUGAAGACUCGCGUAUCCAGAUCCGACGUCGAAAACGUUCACCGAGGGCAGUAUCAGGCACCUCAAUAGAUUCACGAGAUUAUGGCCGGCCGCAAAAAGACGUUUUGCGCCAGUUGGAGUCAAACCAACUGCAACAACUUCUACAACAGCCCUUGUUGCAACAGUCGAGUGUGCAGCAGCAGCUCGACCAGCAACGGCUUCAACUUCAGUUGCAACAGCAGCAGCUUCAACAGCAACAAUUACUCCUUCAGAAGGCGCAGCUUCAACAACCACAAAUGCAGACUGGUGAUCUGAUGGGUUUGCAACAGCCACAAGAUCUCAUGUUACAACAAAAUCAGGCGCUAACGCCUCAGCAGCGGAUGGUUCUGCAGCAGUUGCAGUUACCACCAUCUGAACUUCAGUUGUUGCAACAGAACAUCGUGCUUUCAUCAUCGCACCGAUACCUCCUUGAGAAACACGUGGAUAAGCUGAUGCAGGUGCUUCCUCCUCCGCAGCGGCGACUACUGCAACUUCUUUUACCCGAUUACCAGCGUGGGAGCCAGCUGCCUUCAUACGUACCGCAUGAGCCGCCUCUGGUUCCACCACAAAGCCCUAUGGUCUUUCAAAAUGCAAUGCCAGAACCGCAGAAUCCUCUCGUCAUAACGGCAGACCAGGGAUUGGCAUCCACCGCCCGUGUUCAACGACGGCGUGGUAGUCGAGAAAAAGCACGCCGAAGGAGGAGUCGUGGUCGCGGGAGUGUAAGCCCAGUCGAUUACUCCCAAAGUGAAAGUCCCCCCAGCAAUCCGCGCAUAAGCCACCGAAGCAGUUCAAAUAGCGGGCACAGGCGGCGUUCAUCAAAGCCAGGGCUGGCAUCUCCGCCACCUCCGGUGGUCAUUCAUCACCAGCCAUCAGGAGUUCCUCCCGGACAAUCUCCACCGCCUCCCGUGGUAAUCCACCACCAGGCUCCGAAUGACGCCUUUAUGCAACCACCUGUAAUAAUACACACUCAAACACAGCUGCAGUCUCCUGAGUCACCUUUACCGUAUCAGUCCUCGAAACCUAUUUACCAUCAGACGCAGUCACCUGAACCAGAUUACAGAAUGAUGCAGCAACCGAGAAGGUUCCAGUCUAUGCCGUCUCCACCAUUCAUGUGUUCUCCCGCUCCCCCUUACAUGCCGAUGGAUUCGCCACCAAUGAUGAUGGCUGCGCGGCCAAAUUCAUUCAUGAUGCCCCGGAUGAUGCCGAACGUGAUGCAAAACAUGAUGAUGCCAAUGAUACCUCCGGCCUACUCUCAGGUCGCGUCUCCCAUGAUGCCGCCCAUAAUGUCCUCAUCAAUGAUGCAACCACCACUGCCGAGAACACAGCCUCAAGUCUCAACUUCUGAGAAGGUGUUCUAUCAAACAGAAAGGGGACGCCGCUACGAUAGAGGUGAUAAUGACCGAGGCCGAAGGUACAAGUCGAGGGACAGGCGGUCCAGAAGAUACGACGAAAUGUCAAGUUCUUCAUCGUCUACGGCGGAAUCUGCCAUAGGUUCACCGGCAUAUCAGCAGCCGCCACAGGACCCACUGCUCUCUCCAGUCCAGGGCGGAGGCGCAGGAAACGUGGGAUAUGGUAACGUCCAAGGUCAAUUCCUCGCGCAGACAGGAGACAGCCAGCAGGACUUGAGCUCCAUUGAGAGGGCCAUAAGGAAGCUUUACAUGCAUCGAUACCCCAGUGACAUGGCGAGACCAUCCUUAUUUCCGGAGAGGUCGUUGAUAUUGAUAUUGGGAACGAUAUUCAUCUUCGCGGCAAUGGUGGUUGUGCUGGCCAUCAUAGGGUCCUCGUUUCCAUCCCUUCUGAAACCAGAGUCCCAUUCGCUCACAACAGCCGGUCCUUGGCGAAAUAUAACGAAGACAUAAGAGAGAGAAAUGAGUUGCUUUGCGUAAACGUGAUGAUUAUCAUCUAUUAAAGUCUCGUGCAUCA